ACUAUAGUGAGUCAACUGGCAGAUUGGUCUACGGGAAUAGAUGCAGUGUGCCUGGGGUAGGCUACAUCAGUUCAUCACUAAAUAUAUCACUUGAACUACACGGUGGGUGGUUCCCUCGGCUGGUUCGACACCUUUGAAAAGCAUGAUGUCAAUUACCAAAAAUGGGCGGAUUCCAACAACUUCAGCUUGGGUGAUUUCCUCAGUUCAACCUUGUGUUGGUGUUUGGAGUAAUAAAUGCACAUCAAAGUAUGGAAUAAGACGGCCUUUUAUCCUUGCUGGAUCACUCAUGAUCUCUGUUGUUGUGAUAGUAAUCGGGUUUUCUGCAGAUGUUGGAUACAUUUUAGGUGAUACAAGAGAGCAUUGCAGGUUCAACCUUGUGUUGGUGUUUGGAGUGAUAAAUGCACAUCAAAGUAUGGAAGGAGACGGCCUUUUAUCCUUGAUGGAUCACUCAUGAUCUCUGUUGCUGGGCGGCUUUUGUCUUUGUUAUUGGAUUCUGGAUGUUGGAUCUUGCCAACAAUACAGUGCGGGGACCAGCUUGUGCCCUUCUGGCAGAUCUAUCAGGUCCUGAUCAGCACAAUUCUUCUAAAGUUAUAUGUUGUUUAUGGAUGGUUGUUGGAAACAUCUUGGGAUUUUCAGCUGGUGCUAGUGGGAGUUGGCAUAGAUGGUUUCCUUUCUUGUAAAGUAGAGCUUGCUAUGAAGGCUGUGCCAAUCUUAAAGCAACAUUUCUUGACACAGGAACAGUGCGGAAAAUGGCCUUGAAAAUGGUUGCAGACAAAGAAAAAUGGGAGGAGUUGCAGAAGUUGAAUCUCCAAAAAAAUUUGGAAUAGCUUUUAGGCCAGGAAUCCAGCCAAAUGGCAUUUGUAGCUUAUAUUAUAUGUAUACUAAUUUAUUUUUCUUUCCAUAUGUGGACUUGAACUCAAUACUAAAA